AUGAGCUCUAGGGUUGCAGAUUUAGAUCUCAAGGCUGAAAAGGUUACGCUCGCACCAGAGCAUGCUGUAACGCCUCCUGCCCUGCCCUGCGCACGCACCGCACUCACCCGCACACCCGCCCUCGCCCACACUCGCACACGCACACUGCUCCAAGCCGCUCUCCUCGCCAGACUGCCGGGGAAGCGGCCCCUCCGAGGCGCGCUAGCACGAGGUGAGGCGGCCCAGCCCCGCCGCGCGCACAGCGCGGCUCUCCGAGCCCCGAAGCCCGCAGGCGGGGAACGAGGCGCGCAGCCGCCGGCACCAGCUGGGGAUGCACGCCUCCGCCCGCCGCUCCUCCGCCGCUGGGAGUUCGCGUUUGGAAAAGCACGCGGCGCCGGGUGCGUGUGCGCGCCGGCUGGGCCAGGACGUGGGCGGUGCGCAGAACCCAGGCAGCCUGGCACCACCGGGGCGGCGCGCGGGCUCCGCCGGCGCUGGCCUGCAGGGGGCGCCCGCGCGUUCGCACCCCGCCGGGACCCAGCUGCCAGCCCCGGGCGCGGAGGAGGGGCCGGCGGAGGACCCGGACAGAAGCCGGUUGCCUCCGCGCCUCUCCGGAAGGUCGGGCGGAAUCCUGAGGCUGGUGCUCAGCCGCAGGACUGGGACAAGGUUGUCACACUUGUCACCAAUGAGGGGCCGCGAGGCGUCGCAGUCCGCUUUCCGGCCUCGGCAGCUGCAGGAGGCCUCGAGCUGCUGGGGAGUUUGCCCCCUGGUCUUGGGUUAAUCACUGCUCUGGGGUCGGGAGCGGGGUCAGGGGGAGGCUGGGGGGGGUUUGCUUUUCUGUGCUCGCAGAGCCCCUCGCUGGGUUGGGGAGUUUCCUACCACUUGGGGGACGACGGCGAAUGGAGUGCGAGCCUUGAUUCCUGGCUGGGACGACCCGAAAGUAUCACAAGUCUCACCGGCGAGCUGCGCCCUCGGCCUCCCCAGCAAUCACCCUCAAAUGCAAGCCCCUUCCCUGGCCGAGGGUACCCGAGGCCGCCUAAGACACGGCCGCGCGGACGCGGCGAGCCCUGGGCUGGGGGCCAGAGAAGAACCAGGAAUCUGCUGUACUCACGGCGCCCUGCCUCCCGGCCCUGCCCAGUUAGCGAAACGCUUUCCCGCUCGGUGGGCUCUGCGCCCCCAUCCUCGGGGACUUGCGGACCCUGCAGUUUCGCUGGAGGAGGAAAGUGGGGACCACGAUCCCAGAGCCACAGUUCGCCUACUCGCAGGGCACCGAAGGGUACUCGAUCCGGCCCAGCGGCUCUGCAGAUACUCCAGGGGGGCGCCCAGGGCCAAAAGUGCCCUUGGAGUCGACCUGAUUUUGUGAAACCUCGAACUCCGGGGUGUCCAUGUCCCUUUCUCACUCCAGAAGUUCAGCUGAGCUUUGGGUGGUAACUAUACCCCCCCCCCCGUCCUGAUCCGGACCCAACUGCCAAACCAAGGCCUCCACGACUGGGAUCUGUGCGCUCUCUGUGAACAGCCCCCGGACUCAGGGUGCGUCCACAGCGCCCACCCGCGGCCCCAAAGCACCUCGAGAGCAGAUCUUAGGGGAUA